AGUUCGGCCAGCAGCCACCACGCACUGGUCCGCUCUGCCCUGCUGUCUGACCGUUCUCUCGCGCUUCGUGUGGGUGUUUUGUACUCAACAGUAAGUGAACAUAAAGAUCGGGGCGAAGAACAGCUCUGCUGUGAGCGGAACUACACGCCCACACACAGCAGUGCGAUGAGGCCGCUUUUGCUGACGCUGGUGACCGCUGCCAGUGUAGUAACAUCGCUGCACGACGACCGGCGUUUGAGAUGUGACUGUCACCUCAACCAAGUCAACUUCCACCAGAUCGAUUUAACCUGUGGCUACAACGCAUCAAGUUCCCAGCAUUCUGGGCAGCAACCAAAAAUAGAUUGUUCUAAAGAAAUACGGGGCCGCGUGCCGCGCGGGUACGAGCACGUGCCCGGCGCCGGCCUCUACAAGCUGUUCCGGACGGGCCGCAGCUACGAGCAGGCGCUCGCCAGGUGCCGGCAGGACGGCGCCGAGCUGGCGGUGCCCGGGUCCGCAGCCGAGGCGCGCGCCAUAGCAGACAUCGUGCGCAGGAACCCCGCCGUGAAGGAAGCCUUCGUCGGCAUCAACGACUUACGAAAGACUGGCACGUUCAAGUCCAUUACAGGAACUCCUAUAAACUCGCUGGGCUACCACCAGUGGUCUCCCGGCCAGCCAGACAACAAAGGACCCUUCGGCGAGCAGUGUGUCACCAUCAACGCCGAGGGCCUCUACAACGACAACCGCUGUGACUGGGUGUUCGCCUUCGUUUGCCAGAGGUCGCUCCCUUUUGUGCUGCCUGCUGGGUACAAGUACGUACCGCAGCUGGGCUUCUACAAGCAUUACAUCGCUGCAGACACGUAUGAGGGAGCAAAGAAGCGCUGUCUGGACGAUGGGGGUCAUCUGGCUGUACUGGACACACAAGAAGAAGCGGAAGAGAUGAUAAAAUACUACGACAUCAACAAAGACGUCACGGAAUCGUAUGUUGGCUUGAAUGAUAUCGAAGAGGAAGGUGUCUUCAUUAGUGAAACAGGCAAGCUGUUGACAUGGCUGUCGUUCGCCAACUGGUAUCCGGGAGAGCCGAACAACGGGGGGCCCGCCGGCGAGGACUGCGUCACGCUGUACGUGGCCGGCACCUACAACGACGUCGACUGCCGCCUCAGGUACCCCUUCUUCUGCGAGAUACCGCUGCCCAGCAGCUAGCGGACGCCCUCCGCAGCCGUCGCUUGUACGUCUGCACGAAAUGGGACAGGACAGCGUUCCGGUGCUUCUCCUCACUGGAACGAUAGGCACUAUUCCUUCACCACAUUACUGGUUUUUUUCCGAAUUGAUUAAUGGCUUUUGGGGAUCUCCACUGCAAUCAGCCUCAGAAAUAUAAACAGCAACAACUUUCCGUUACAUCCGUUUCAACUGAAAUUAUGUCAGUGAUCUAAGGAAAUUAACAUGUUUACUAUAUUACAAAGUAAAAA